GGUUUAUGACCUUGCUAGUUGCUACACGGUUUAUAUUAACGCAGUCCAGUUACACACCAUGACAAUCUUUCGGACAAAGAUCUUUAUAUGAUCAACCUGCAUAUCGUGCGUAUUAUAUUUUCGUUUGAAACUUUUUCUUUCAAGAAAACCUUGUGGCGCUGCAUUUAACGCUUUUUUAGGUGUUUAUGUAUGUUUGAAUAACGAAUAUUGCAGAUUGUGUCCUUUACACCGCUUCAUUUACUACAACGACAAGCCUACAAUAGUAAAAUAUUUAUUGAUUGCCGAGUAUGCAUUUAACUACUGUAUGUUUUUUCCCUUUAAGCUCUGCUGUUACGCUGCUGUGCUGUGUUUAAUGUAGGCAAUACAUUAAACUAUUGUUGACAUCCCCUGGCCCUUUUCAUAAUUUUUAAACUUCUUUUAAAAUUCAAGUCGACAUUCAGCAGAAAUUUCAUUCUUACUGCCGCAUCUCAGUUACCGCUGGGAUGGUCAUCGUAAACGGUGCGACAAUGCUGUAUUUUUUCGCUGGCCUGUUAUUUUGUAAUAUGUUUAUCACUAUAUUUGCAAAAGGGGAUUUUAAUGACCAUCUUGAUUUUCUGCAUCCUACCCACAGCCUGAACCCCUCUAAUCUGCGGAUUCCACGAUUUCUUGAUUUCUACACCUGCAUUAGUUCGGCAGGAACAUUAGGAGUUUGUUUACCAGAACCCUACUGUUCUUAUAUGGUCAGUGGUGCCAUUCUCGAUCCGAAUCCGACAAAAAGCUGCAGCCAUACAAUGUUAAGUGAUUACGGAUGUUGCACCUUGCCAUGUGCCGGGAGCAAUACAGCCAUACCCAGCAAAAUUCAAAGUCUGCCGAUUACGGAAGUUCUUCCUACGACAACAACCCAGGGACCGGUGACCCUUAAUAAUGUCGCAGUGCAAGUGCAACCGGCAUCGUUGGCGGCGCCACCCAUUCGUUCCUCCAGUGCGGAUUUCGCCAGCUGUGGACGCAUAAAUACAAAUUUCCGGGAGAUCACCAGGACGGGUCCUAGAGAUACACAACUAUCCCCGACAGGCAAAUGGUGUUGGCAGGCCGCUGUGAUGGAUAACAAUUUGACUUUCAAAUGUGGAGGGAUAGUGCUUAACAAUCGGCACGUAUUAACGGUUGCUCACUGUGUCCAAAAAAGCACACCGGCCACACUAUUAAUCCGAUUGGGAGACACUAACCUUCGGUCAUCGGAUGAUAAUGAAGACUUAAUCGAUAUCAAAGUCUCCAAGAUUUUGAUACAUCCAGACUAUACCGGACAGAGCCCAUUUCAGCAUAACUUAGCCAUUCUAACUCUGGAUUCGGAUGCCCCGACGAAUCGCGAUCGUAUCUGCAGUGUAUGCUUAAUGUCCAGCAACAGUCAUACUGAAAUGGAAAGUAUGUUUGCGCGAGGCAGUCCGAACGGAAGAUGCGUAACAACAGGCUAUGGGAAGUUGGAAAGUAGAGACGAAUUCCCAAUCAUGCGUAUGAAAGAAGUCCCGGUUCCUUUAAUCAGUAAUGACCAGUGCAGCAACAUUCUGCAAGGACUGCUGGGAAACAAAUUUAUGCUGCCUGAUACGUUCUUUUGUGCUGGUGGGGAAGGCUUGUCUGAUGGAUGUGAAUAUGAUGGCGGUGGUCCACUUGUUUGUCCGCUAAACGCCAACGGCGACGGUCCUGGCGCUAGUUCACCUGGAUUGGGAAGUAUCUUUGUGCUUUAUGGAGUGGUGACUUGGGGAGUUGAUUGUGGCAAAGUCGGUGUUCCCGGUGUUUACACAAGGAUAACAAACUACUCUAACUGGAUAGAAAACAGCAUUAACACAAUUUAAUUUCACAUAGUUAUAAUGUUUAAUAUGUUAUUGUGUAAUCUAUGCACUACAACAGACUUGAACAGAGGUUAUAAACUAGACGAAAUAAAGGCAUCCAUAUUUUAAUUCCAUAAUGCAUUAAAUUGGCAUUU